AUGCAACAAGCACUUUGGAUCAAUCAUCGAGCGCUUCCAAGAGCUGACACUUCGACGUUGAAGAGCCACGACACGGUGCCCAUUUCUGGUGUUGUUGUGUCGGGAAUCAUGGGUGUAAACUUCGAAUUGGUUCUUUUCGCUUGGGGAUAG